GUACGACUACGAGGAGACGAAUGGCGACCGCCCCGAGGAGCUCCCUGGGCGGAUGGUCGAUGACGAAGAUGAUGACGAGGAUGGUGUGGCCACUCGGCAAGAGGACAUCGAGCUCGAAGACGGGGUUCCUGAAGAAGUGGCCACCGCGUACGCGACCUACCAGAGUGCGAAAGACCGCUACAAGGAACAGCAGAAGGCGAGGGGCUUCCACGGCGAUCGCGGUGGCGGAUACAACAAGGACAAUGCGAAGAAGGCCGAGCUCACCCGCGACGAGAAGGUGAAGCUCAUGAAGUCGCGUUCCUACUGUAGCAGUUGCGGGCAAAAGGGACAUUGGCACCGCGACCAGGAGUGCCCUAAUCAGGGCGGUGGAGGUGCCGGGAACAGGACGGUGAAGGAAGUGGAAGUGUGCCAUCACGUCGCGGCCGAAGUCUUUUCCUUGCGCCAUGAUGGACCGACGCUCUUGGGGAUCACAGACACUGCCUGCGCAAAGGCGGUAGCUGGAACUAUCCGGCUGCAGCAGUACAGCGACGCGUUGGAGAAAGUCAACCAGCGCCCGCAGCUGGUGCGCGAAAGCGAGGCUUUCCGCUUCGGUACCGGCAAGGUGCACCACUCCUCGUUCCACGUGGUUCUCUCCUUCAAGAUGGGCCAGCAUGUGGUGGAGAUGCGGACCUCCAUUAUCAACGGUGAUGUGCCCCUCUUGAUGUCGAAGCAAGCGUUGGCCCAGCUCGGGAUGAUCUACGAUGUUGCAGAGAACCGAGCGGAUUUUACCCGUGUCGGGGUCUUUGGAUUUGAUCUCGUCACGACUUCGUCGGGUCACCCGGCAAUUCCCAUAGUACCGGCAAAGCCGGCAAACGACCUCGAGCGGCUGGUCAUCGGAGAGACUUCCACCUCGACAGGGCAGCAAUACAUGGCGUUUGCAGUUUCAGUUGUGCAUCAGGCAAAUAGUGGUAACGCACGACAAAGCACUCCAGGCCCAGACUACCCCACGGCCCCUCCAUUCCGGAUUUUCCACGAUAAGAAGCUCAGCCCAGAAGUCAAGGAGUUGCUCACACAGAUAGCGCCCCCGCCGCAUUGCUUUCUUCCGCCACGCAGCAUGGCAUGCAAGCCCCCGGCCAUCUCGAAGAUGUCCAAGACCGAGCUCCUCUCGGAAGCGAGCCGCUUGGGUCUAGUGGUGCACCGCUCGUGGACCGUGGAGGAGAUCAAGGCCACCAUCAUGGAACACCGCAUGAACGACCCCGCGUACAAGCAGGCGGCCACGAUGAAGUCGAUCACCAACCUCACGCUCCACGAGCUCAAGGAGAAAGCGGACACCUUGGGGGUGCAGUAUCCGGCGAAGAUCACAAAGGGGAAUCUCUUGCGCCUCAUCAGGGACUUCGUCUCGACGCCGGGCACCGAGUUGAUGAAGAUCGGGAGGUACAAGGGCUUCGAGUUCCAGGAAAUCCCCCGUCAAUACGGUAUGUGGGCGGCGCGAGAGAUAAGGAUGUCUCCGAACCCGCACCCGGAGCUCAUCCGUUACGCGAAAUGGUGGGAGCAGUACGAGUACGAGAUCCACUACGGCGACGGGGACACACUCGAGGCCAAUGCGACGGUCCCCUACACGGAGGAUGCAACCCAGUGGUCGGUCUCCUCGGGGACCGAGGGGUGGGACAAGGUGUCGGACAAGGGCCAGAGCCAUGCAGCCAAGGAUCUGCCGAUCGACCCCCGGGCCAACAAGAGAGCAACCUCCAGCUCCGGAUACGACCCCGAGGUGAUGAAUGCAAUGGAGACCGAGAUGGACCCGGCCACCUUGGAGGAGAUCAUCGCGCUGGAAACCAGGCUUGCGGCUCUGAAGCAAAAGGCGAAGGCGGCACCGGGGCCAACCAAGGAGGAGACCUACGGCGAGGAGCUGGCUGAGCGCUACGUGAACAACGGAGCGCGGCGACUACUACACGAUCAAGACCUACGUCAAGGACAUGUCGUUCCCGCACCACAUGAACGACGAGUGCAGGACAGCAACUAUAAGUCCAAGGGCGACCAUUUUGGCAAUAAGACCUAUGGACACACAGCUGGGUGCUGCGGCUAUGCACCGAACGCCGAUCUCAAUCAUGCGUACAUCACCAAUGAAGAGUUUGAGAUCUCCGCCAAGCGCCCCGCCACGAACUUCAAGUGCUCUCCCGUGAACCCGUGCGCCGAGGACGGUUUCUCCAUCGCCUACAAGAACCAGGACUAUGACUACAAGACCCUCCAGAUCCUGCUCAACACCCUCGACUACAAGCCCGUGAAAGCAGCAAGGGAUGGAGUGUUUGGCGGGAAGACCGGGGACUACGUCAACUACUUCACCUACGGCAUGUUCACGCAUGGGGGAGUCGUGGGGACCACUACCAAGACACGAGAGGAUGACAACGUGAUCCGCUUCCUCAACGGCUUUGGGAGGCAUCACCUCGGUCCCAAAGCAACCUGGGCAUCAGUAUCGCUGUCACGCGACAUAGCGACCGAGCUGCACCACGACUACCGCAACCUCGCUGGCACCAGCAACUACACGAUCAGUGUCGGGCAGCGAAGUGGUGGAGGACUUUGGAUCGAGGACAGGAGCCUGGAUGAGGACGCCCCCAAGGACGGGAUCAAGUGGCGCAAGACCGGUAGUGGGCACUGGCUACCCGGCCGCGUUCAUGUUACCAAGAACAACUUCGUCGAGUUUGACCCGUUCCUCAAGCACGCUACAGAGCCAUGGGAAGGCACGAGGUGGACGUUGACCUACCACACCACCCGCAACAUCUACAAGGCCGGGGACGAGAUGAGAGGGUUCCUGAAAGGAGUCGGUUUUCCUUUGCCACGGAAAGGGAGCACAGGACCAAGGCCGAACGACGUGAGCAAGAAGCCAAGGAUGAGUUUCAACAAUGCGGCGAAGAUCGGGGUGAUGAUGGCCACGCUCAUAUCUGCUGCGAGCAGCUAUAUGACUGAGCACGUCCUACCGGACUCCGACCCCAACCCUGUGGUCCUCUUUGAGAUCGGCGGGACAGAAGCCACGUACGAUGCCGUGACCCUUGGGAAGGACGUCUUCGAACCGAUGACAUGGGAACGCUACAGGCUAGUCAAGCAACAGGUGGGCGAGGGAGGAACGGCAGUAAUCACCGGCCCGGCCAAGGACGUUAUCUUCCACGCCCUCAACACGGACGUCGAUUUCAAGGACACCCUCAAGUAUGCGGACGAGUCCCACGACCGGAUCUUUGCCGUGAUAUUCCGCGAGAAGGAGGAGGCCAAAGCCGUCUCAUGUAGCGACAGGGUGCAUGAUGUCAAGAUGGUCGCCGCUAACUCCGGCGACCCCGACAAAGAACGUCUUCCAGCAAUGGGAGCUACCGGGAUAUCGUUUGGAAAGGACACACCCAGCGCGGUGGCCACGGCCCUAAGAAGACUACAUCAGAACCUCGGACACCCUCGCCAAGAAGACCUGGUGCGACACCUCAGGCUUGCAGGAUGCGAUUCCAACAUCCUCAAAGCCGCUCGCUCGAUGAAAUGUCAGGUCUGCGACGCUAACGCCGCUCCGAAGAUCGCAAGGCCAAGUACCCUGCCACCCAUGGCGGAUUUCAACGAUACACUGGGACUGGACUUGUUCUUUUGCCACGACAUCGAUGACGUCAAGCACGCCUUCCUCUCCGUCAUCGACUACGGCACCUCAUACCACCUUGCUACGCGGGUCGACGGCCAGUCGGCCGAAGAUAUCGAGGCGAAGUUCAACGAGAUGUGGCUUUUGCCUUUUGGACCACCCAAAGCAGUGGUGAUCGACCUCGAAGGCGGACUGCAGGCCGCUCUUGGAAGAAUGUGCGACUGGCACGGAAUUGCGGUGCGGAGUGUAGCCACUCAGAGCCAUUGGCAAGCCGGAGUUGUCGAGAGACAGCAAGCCUGGUGGAAGCACAUAUGGGACAAGGUCAGCUACCAGUUGAACAUCGGAGACGACGAGGUCGACGCCGCGGUCCCGGUGAUCAACAGCGCAAAGAACGACCUAAGACGACGCUGUGGAUACAGCCCGUCACAAUGGGUCUUUGGCAAGGCCCCCCGAGUGCCCGAAGACCUACAGGAUCCCGAUGGUGGCAGCCACGUCCUUUGGGACGUCAGCGAGGAUGCGAAGUACCAAAGACAAGCCGCCAUGCGAGCGGCAGCUAGGGUGGCUUUUCAUGAGAGCCAAACCGACAGUCGUCUUCGCAAAGCCCUUCUGCAGCGUACGAGGGUGGCAUCAAGGCCACUAGACAUCGGUGAAAGCGUGCAUUUUUGGCACAAACCAAAGAAUCGGAGACGAGGGUGCUGGUCUGGACCAGCCGUCAUCGUUGGCAAGGAGGGCGGCAACUAUUGGGUUUCAAAGGGAGGCAGAUGUCGGCUGACCUCAGCCGAACACCUUCGCCCGACCACUGCGGAGGAGGUCGGGGCGCUGCUUUCAAUGCGGAACACCCAAAGAGAGGUCGAGCAACUCCUCGACCAUGAUCCAGACGGAGACGAAGCCUAUGGAGAAGACGUCGACUACGCCGACGAUAUGAGCUGGAACGAGGACAAUGAGGACGGCGAGCUCGAGGACUACCUCAUCCCUUCAGGAGAUGAAGCGCCUAUGCUCGAGCCCUUUCAGGACGAGGACCCACCAGAUCCUCCUCCACGACGACUCAAGAGGAAGACGGCAGCAGCUGAGUUGCAUCCGAGCCCCGAUCGCCACGAGGCCAUGAUGCUCAAGACUCAGUUGACUACACGGGGCCUGGAGAAACGCAAAGAAAAGGAGCUGAAGUGGACAGAGAUCCCGGAGGAGGUCCGCGAUAAGUUUCGAGAAGCGGAACAAACCCAAUGGAACGAGCACUUGGCCUACGAUGCUCUGGAACCUCUAUCGCUCGAAGACAGCGCGCGGAUCAAGGAUGAAGUUGCACCGGAGAGAGUUCUCCGAUGUCGCUGGGCCUAUAGGGAUAAAAACUAUGCGAGGCGGCGCCAAGGGGAAGAUGUGCCAUGGAAGUGCAAAUCUAGGCUGGUCAUCGCAGGCCACACUGACCCGGACCUCACCGACGAGUCUAUGCGGUUGUCUACGGAUGCUCCGACCUUGUCAAGAAGUGGGCUCGCGUGCAUGCUGCAGCGUACCGCAGAUGGGUUACGAGACUCCGACCCAUGGACCCUGGCUGCCGGAGACAUUAGGUGCGCCUUCCUUACGGGCAGCUACCUCACCCGCGAGCUCUUCAUGCACCAACCGAGGACAGGUUUUCCUGGAAUGGUUCCGGGCCAGUUGGUCCGGAUCAAGAAGAACGUGUUCGGUCUUGCUACCAGCCCGCACACAUGGUGGCAGGACCUCCAGGACGGGAUCCGGAAGUUCGAGAUCAACUACGACCACGAGCAGAGGACAGGGACGUGGAAGUUCGACCAGAGUCCAAUGGACCCUUGCGUCUUCAUGCUACGCGAGUGGCGAGAUGGCGGAUUCGUCGGCAAGCCGAUCGCCUACCUCGGGUGCCAUGUAGAUGACCUACUGAUCGCUGCAGCGCGGGGGCUACAACCACUCAUUCAGAAGGGGUUGUCCGAGAUCUUCCCUAUCGAGACCUGGGAGAUUGACGAGUUUGAGUUCCUCGGCUCGAAGAUCAGCAUCGAGGACGACGUUGCGCGGAUGAACCAGCAGAAGUAUGCGGAGACUCGAUUGUUCACCUUGGACAUCCCCGCCGGCGUCGACGAGGGUGACUUCGCUCCGGCAGAGCUGGUGAGCGAUAAUCGAAGCCUCAUCGGCGCACUGUCGUGGAUGAGCGGGCAAACGCGCCCAGAUCUCACCUGUUCGGUGAGCAUGGCGCAGCAACUGCAGAAGGCCCCCACCUACGGGGACCUGAAGUUUACUAACACCAUCGCGGCGAAGGCCUACCAGUUUCGAGACCGAGGCCUCGAGUUCAAGGCGAUCCCCGAAGGACACCUCAUGCUGGUCGCCUACCAUGAUGCGGCCUGGGCCAACGUUCCCGACCCAGACCCCGAGGAGACCUGGUACGUCCUCACCCCGAACGAGGACGAAGCAGGAAGACAACGUGAAGGUCCUUAUGCCCAAGAAGGCGUCAGGCGAGCCAAGAAAGGGAAUUCUAAAGUGGCCUCCCAGCUCGGUGUGCUGGUGACCUUCACUGACAGAGCAGCCCUCGCCGGAAGACCCGGCAACAGCAAUGUCGGCGACUGGCGGUCGAGAGCUGGACAGAGAAUUUGCAGGAGCACCUUCGGUGCCGAGACGCAAGCCUGCGCCGAGGGACUAGAGACAGCACAGUAUCUCCGGUCCAUGUACGAGACGAUGAUCCAAGGGCACAUGGUUACAGUCGAGGCGGCCGUGCUCCCCAUCCUCUGCCUCAGCGAUUGCCGGUCCCUCUAUGAUCACCUCAACCGACAAGGAAUUCCUCGUGUCCCGAGCGACAAGCGGCUCGCAGUCGAUCUAGCAGCUCUUCGUCAAGGCCUGAGAUCCGAGAAGUGGGGAGACCAGCUCCCGAUAGGAUGGAUACCGGGCACGCUCCAAAGGAGCGACAUUUUGACGAAGCCUCAGAAUCCAUCUGAGUGGUGGAACGGGCAUAGCGGAAGGCUGACUCUCCCUGUCAUUAGCAACAGAGGGAGCCUUCAUCAGCAACAGGUCGUCUUCGAAGGCAUCUGGUACAAUCGAGCAAAAGAGGCGUCCGCAGACGCGCAGGCCGAUCGUGGGAGUGCUUAG